AUGAGGAUCUGUCUCUUCUCCGCGGCCAUUGUGUCGCUGUUAGGCCUGACAGCUGGCCUUCCCACAGAGCCCAAUGAUGACUUGGACCGCAUCCCGGUCAGCAACAUGAGCGAAGGCCAGAUUCUACGCUACAACAAGAGGCAAGCUGAUACCGCUGCUCUCUACCCUCGACUGAUCCAUGGAUCUCAGUUUUCUCGGCGGUUUGAGUUUCUUAGCUUGUUCAAGAAACCAAAGCCAGGAGUUUCCUAUUCGGCCAUACGUGACGAGGGAGGUUGCAAGACUGCCGAUGAAAUCGCCAAGGACGUUGCCAAGUUCACCAAGUCUUACUCCUUUAUUCGUCUGUACAGCGCAGACUGCGAUCAGGUCAAGAACACCCUUGCAGCUGCCAAGAAGCACGACAUGCAGCUCUUUCUCGGUACUCGCCCCAAGUUUCCCGUUGCCGACGAGAUCAAGAUGAUUGCGGACCAGGUCAAGGGGGACUGGAGCAUGGUUGACACGGUCGCCAUUGGCAACGAGUACAUGCUCGAACUGAAGCUGGACCCGAAGAACAAGGCCAGCGCUGGACAAAUCCUCGCCAAGCUGGCUGAAGGCCGAGAGGCGCUGAAGAAGGCUGGAUACCACCCGGACAAGGUCAAGCACGCCAAGGUGGUCCUGAACGAGGUCUGGUGGCACGCGCUGGAGAACCCAUCGCUAUGCGACGAUUCCGACUACUGCACCGUCAACUUCCACCCCUACUUUGACGAGAACCACGGCACCGAAAAGGCGGGCCAGUUCAUGCUGGACAUGGUCAAGAAGAUGAGGGACACGUUCAAGAAGAACAAGCGCAUCCACAUCACCGAGACGGGCUGGCCGACCAGGGACGGCGACGCCGACAGGAACCCGGCCUCCCCUCUCCACGGCAGGGCCUCGGUCGCCAACCAGAAGAGGGUGCUCAAGGAUAUCAAGGAAAAGCUCGGCGGGAAGCCCGGAGAGCUGAUCCUCAUGUCGCCAAACAACGACAAGUGGAAGGCGGCUGGUGCGCCCGAUGACCACGUUGAGAAGAACUGGGGCAUUGUUGAAUAA